AUGAGAAACCACCAUUUCCUCAUUGUAUGUUUCCCUGUUCAUGGCCACAUAAACCCUUCCCUUGAAUUAGCUCGUCGUCUCACAGACUUAGGUCAUCAUGUCACCUUUGCCACCACCGUUCUUGGAAGCCACAAAAUCACUACCAUCACCAACAAAAAACCCACCACCUUGUUAUCUUUCACUACUCUCUCUGAUGGCUCUGAUGAACAAACAACCCCCAACAAAUCCACUGGCAACAUCACCCAAUUCUUCGACAGUCUUAAGCUUCAUGGCUCUCGAUCUCUCACAAAUCUAUUCAUUUCAAACCAACAGUCUCAUAACCCUUUCACUUUUGUAAUUUACUCCCUUUUGUUCCAUUGGGUUGCUGAUAUAGCCACUUCUUUUCACUUCCCAUCGGCUCUUCUUUUUGUUCAACCAGCUACCCUUUUAGUUUUGUAUUACUAUUACUUUUAUGGCUAUGGUGAUACAAUUCCUAACCAAAAAUUACAAGGUUUGCCUUUGCUUUCUACUAAUGACAUGCCAUCUCUACUUUCCCCUUCAAGCCCUCAUGCUCAUCUUCUUCCUUUUCUCAAACAACAAAUUGAAGUACUCCUUGACCAAAAAAGUAAACCAAAAGUAGUACUAGUCAACACUUUUGAUGCCCUUGAGGUCCAAGCCUUGGAAUUAGCAAUUGAUGGGUUAAAGAUGUUGGGAAUUGGACCCUUGAUUCCUAAUUUUGAUUCGUCGCCAUCAUUCGAUGGUAAUGAUAUUGAUCAUGAUGAUUGUAUUGAGUGGUUGAACUCUAAACCAAAUUCUUCCGUGGUUUACAUUUCUUUUGGAUCUAUUUAUGUAUUGAGUAAUACACAAAAGGAGGAAAUUUUGCAUGCUUUGUUGGAAAGUGGGUUUACAUUUUUAUGGGUAAUGAUCGGUGUAGAUCAAAAGGAAGCUGGGAAAGAUGAAUGCUGUAAUUUAUUACUAGAAGGGCAAGGGAAGAUUGUGAGUUGGUGUAGACAAAUUGAAGUACUGAAACAUCCUUCAUUAGGUUGUUUUGUGAGUCAUUGUGGUUGGAAUUCAACGUUAGAAAGCUUGAAUUAUGGGUUGCCAAUGGUGGCUUUUCCUCAACAAGUAGAUCAACCUACUAAUGCUAAGCUUGUGGAAGAUGUGUGGAAGGUGGGAGUGAGAGUGAAGGCUAAUUUAGAAGGAAUUGUAGGGAAGGAAGAAAUCAGGAAGUGUUUGGAGUUGAUCAUGGGAAGAUCAAGAGAUGAUGAACAAAGGACAGAGAUAAUUAUGGAAAAUGCCAAAAAGUGGAAAAAACUAGCCUCACAAGCUAUUGGUGAAGAUGGAGUUUUUCAAAAGUAUCUAUACACAUAUGUCGUAUAUCGUUGA